UCUUAGUGUGCCCUCCCUGGGUUCUGCACACACUACAGCCAACCUGUGGCACCGGACUCUCAAUGGCUACCACCAGGAACUGUGACUGUUUAACCACCCACACAACCUAUAUGGACUUCAUUAGGCACGCCGGCCCGAGUCCAGGGGGGUGUAUGGGCCCCCUCUUCUAUCCUCAAGCAGGAUAGGUACCCCUUAGUUUAAGUAUAUACUCGCCUCAGUUAUCUUGGUUCCACGUUCACUCAGCCCGUCAUUCGCACCACGCCGGCCGGCUCUCCAUUCAGACCUCUCUUUUCCUUGUCAUGAAGGGUUCUUGGAAUCGGGAGGAAGAGUCCCAGGGAUCGAACCGUCGACUCGGUCGAGACCUUCAGGAGAACUCUCCUGCGGUGCCUAGGCAUCGACUCCAGGCGGCGGCUCCAUGCCUUGGGGUUCCUCCCGUUCCAGCAAAAAAUCGCCCUCGAGCAGUCCCAUCUGGGUCGCCAAAAUUGUUGUAGAAAUGAAGACUAGGAUGCUCGGGUCUUCAUUCAGGAAAAGAGUUUAAUAUGCACAUAGGUUCAGACAAGCUCAUGCUUCAAAUUCUGAACCCCGAAGGUUCGGGGUCCUUCUUUUAUACCCCCCCAUUGGGUGAUUAUACAGCCUAGACUAAGUGUCAACUUCGAGAUAUAUGAUACAACUUUAAAAACAAGCUGGGUGAGAAAAGCCUGGAGGGAGCUGGAGAGCUUCCCUCCCGUACCUUAUCUUUGCUCAAUUAGCUGCUACAGAAUACACAUGGCUCUUCCCCACAUUCCACACUUGCAACAGAUAGCUUACUUGCAAUAGACAAUUGCCUGAUGAAAGGGCUUUAGUUUUCUGUUGUUUCCUUGACCCUAAUUCCAAUUCCACCUCAACAGUAUAUGGAUUUUGGAAAAAAUAUUUAAAAUAAUAGUAAUUACAGUACUCAAGGCCACAAGUAGAUGUGUCAGAACGUUAAGUAGUUCCUGAUUAGUGAAAAGAAACUGGGCGAUUUGACUACGUGCCUUUUUUUCCCCCCUAAGGAAGCAUAGAAAUCUAGAAACAACAUUGAUAUGGUUUGGUGAAUCCAAUAGCUCUUUUGGCAUCAUGAACCCUAGUGACAAGUGGGUAGAACUGACAAUAUUUUAUAAUGGGAUAUUGGCCAAUUCUAAGGGUCAUCUUGGUUUGUUUAUCUGCUAGGUGUGGCUCCUGACUAGAUGUGGAGUGCACAAUUACAGGUAGAAACUUCCUCAGGUCUAAUUAGUGGAGGUAUGCAAACAUCUCUCUUUAAUUCAGCUAUUCAUACGUAGCUAUUUCCAUACUGCUAGAACAGUUUUGACCUUUUGCAUCCAGAAUGUGGUUUUAAAAGGUUCAGAUGCUGCAAGCCCGUGUAGAGUUUUGGCAAAGACUUUCCAAAAUCAACCUACACAUUAUAUUCAUGAACGUCUGGUAAGCCGUUUUGAGACAGGUCUACAGCGGUGCUUGUGAGCCUUUUGAAUUUUCAGUAUUUCUGCAUAAAUGUAGAAAUACAUCCAGAAGAUCAAAAAUGUGAUCUGAUUUCCGCACAAGUCCUAAAAUGAUGCGUAUAGCCCAUUUCUGGUUACUCAAAGUCUUUGCCCUACUCAUCCAGCAUGAGGCAUAAAGAGAACCCAAUUAAGCAAAUGAGUCAAAAAACAUUAUACUUGUUCAUUGAUUUACUGAGGUAAGUGAUCCAAAGCUAUCUAUUUGUGUGUGGCAAAAGUAUGUGAACCUUUGCUUCCAGUAACCGGUGUACCUCCCUUGGGCAGCAGUAACUGCAGCUAAACGUUUCUGAUAACUGUUGAUCAGUCCUGCACAUCGGCUUGGAGAAAUUUUAGCCCACUUCUCCUUACAGAGCAGCUUCAAUCCAGAGAUGUUGGUAGGCUUCAUUGCAUGAGCUGCUAGCUUCAGAUCUUUCCACAACAUUUCUAUAGGAUUAAGGUCCUUAAAGAAGGACCCUAGGUGGUGUGGGUGCUGUGGCAGCGGGCAGGGCUGGGCAGCAGGGGCAGCUGGUGGCAGCGGGUAGGUGGGAGGCCAAAAGGGUAGAGGUGGGGGGGAGAUAGGCAGUUGGGUGCAGUUCAAGGGGAGGCAGAGGAGGUCGUCCCUCACCUUACCGAGAUUCGGGGCUGGGAGGGACCAAGCUGGGAAUGGCUUGGACUGGGAUGGGUCCUCACCUAGCGGCUGGUGGGAUUCGGUUAAUGGCGGCAAUGGGGACUGCUGGGAUUGCCAUCGCUAAGCGAUGCAGUCAUGUGACAUUGCACUUUAUGACCACAUCGCUUGGCGAUGGAAAUUCUGGUCCCAAUUACUGUUGUUAACCAAGAACUACCUCUACACAAUUUGGGGCUCUUCCUUGAUUCACAAUCCCUGUCUGAUGAGCAGGUGGCAGCUGUGGUCAGGCAGGCCUUUGCACAGCUUCAUCUGAUGAGCCAGUUGAGCCCUUUCCUAGAUCGGGGUCCUUCAGACAGUCAAUCAUGCCCUCAUCACCUCACGGCUUGGCCACUGCAAUAUGCUCUACAUGGGGCUGCAGUUGAAGACCACCUGGAAGCUUUAACUGGUCCUGAAUGCAGCUGUGUGGGCAGUGAUGGGCAUGCCUCGCUGUGUGCACAUUACACCUCAGCCUUGUGACCUGUGCUGGUUACCACUUUGCUUCCUGGUGUGAUUCAAGGUGCUGAUUGUUACCUAUAAAGCCCUACGUGGCAUAGGGCCUGGUUACUUGAGGGACUGCCUACCUCCCAGAGUAUCUGCUCAACCAGUUUGAUUUGGCAGGAUUGGUGCAUUCCAGGCUCCAUCGAUUAAACAAUGCCACCUAUUGGGACCCUGGAAGUGCGCCUUCUCUGUAGCAGCGCGUGCCCUCUGGAAUGAGGUUCCCCCUGAGAUUCGAACUACUCCCACCCUACUGGUAUUUCAAAGGGCCUUGAAGACCUGGCUUUUGCCCAGGCCUUAGGCAAGGACAAUUGAUGUCCCCUUUUUCUUUGUUCCCAUCCAGUUUUGUCAUUUCUGCCAUCUUUAUUUUUGUUUGUUUGUUUGUUCCCUUGUUUUUAAAAGUUUUUAACAAUUUUGUAAACUGCCCAGAAUCACUGAGAGUUGGCCAGCAUAUGAUAAUGAUAAUGAUAAUGAUAAUAAUAUGCAGUAAUUGAAUGCCACUGUGUUUUGAGAAACUAUUCCAACUGCAGUCACAUGGAACAAACUCUUAUCUUGCCUGGAGCUUCCUGGCUGUGAAAAAAGAGCUGGUUCACUAAAUUGCAUCCCCUUGUAGAACCCGUCUGUAUGACUGGAUCUUCCACCUUUUUCUUCUCUCAGAUGGUGGGAAGUUAAUGUUGCUGUGGCAGAAAGAGAUGAGUUUAGCUCAUUCUAUGUUGGCAUGGGGGAUUUUUCCAAAAUGGCUCCUGAUAGGUAGGCACUGGUGAUGUUGCCAUGAUCACUGGGGACCUGUUUAUCAUUCUUCCCCAGUUGUCUGCUGCUUGGAAGAGUGUUCCCCCCACUCAUUACUUUCUGGGCUCAGUGAAAAGAGAAUUUGAUCUGCAUGGUACUAGCCCACGUUGCAUCCCAGUCCAGUUGACCACAGACUGCUGUGACAUAUACCCUUGCUUUCAGCUCCUUCCAAGACACUUACCAUUUUUAUCCUUCUUACUAACCACAGGUGUCAUGUCAUUUCGACUCUUGUAAGGAGGAACACAUUCCUACACAAAUUACAUGUCAUACAAGCAUUUAUGUUGUAAACAAGUCCUGAGCGGAGUAUAUAAAGAGCUCUUUAAGGAAAACAAAAAUGCUAGACACUACGCUGUGUAAGAUAUUGGAGAAAACAGAUUUGAUCCACCCAGCUGUCCUGGAGACACUGAAAGAGAAAAAGGGAAAGUGGAACAAUGGGGCAAUUCUGGACAUUUCCAAUGGUUUUGUUUCUGCUGCUGGGUCUUUCAGUUGUGUACUUUCUGAAACAACUCUGGUUACGUAGAAAAUAUCCUCCUGGACCUUUUCCACUUCCUUUAAUUGGAGUCAGCUGGCAGACUGGUUUUAAACUUACUCCUGAUAUUCUAGUUCAGCUCGCAAAACGUUAUGGAAAUAUUUACACGAUACUGGUUUGGAAUUUGCCGAUAAUAGUACUGUCCGGAUACCAAGUAGUAAAACAUGGGUUGAUCAACCAUUCCGAAGAUUUCUCUGAGCGAGUAGAGACCCCUUUUUUAAGGGCUGUGUCCAAAGGAAAGGGUAUUAUUCUUUCCAAUGGCCACACCUGGAAGCAGCAGAGGCGAUUUGGUCUGCUUACUAUGCGGAAACUUGGACUGGGGAAGAAAGGCAUAGAGGGUCAAAUAGAAGAAGAGGCCCAUCGACUGGUGGAGAUCUUUGCCCAUGCAAAGGGUCAGCCCCUGGAUCCUUUGCUGCCAAUCACUAAUGCUUUCUUCAAUUUGAUAACCAUUUUGGUGUUUGGGUACCGAUUCCCUCUUGAAGAUGAAAACUUCCAGAAACUAACGGAAGCCAUGAGUUUUGGCUCAAGAUUUAUGGGUAGCUUCUGUCAUGUUAUUUAUGAAGUAUUUCCCUGGCUGAUGCGACAUAUUCCUGGGCCUCAUCAAAAGACAUUGUCCUACAUGGAGUUUAUAUAUGAAUUGGCAAAGGAGGAGAUAGAGAAGCACAAGGAUGACCAGUCCUCUCAUGAACCCCGGGAUUUCAUUGAUCACUAUCUUCUUCAGCUGAACAAAAGCAAGAGUGAUCCCAACAACACCUAUGAUGAAGAUAAUUUGGCUGAGUGUAUUGUCGAUUUUUUUAUAGCUGGGACAGAGACAAGUGCCACCAGUUUGCAAUGGGCACUGCUUUUUGUCACAAAUCAUCCAGAUGUCCAAGAUAAAGUAUACCAGGAGAUGGAAAAUAUUUGUUGUUCCUCAGGCUCAAUUUGCUAUCAAGAUCGAAAGAAACUGCCCUAUACCAAUGCUGUGAUUCAUGAGAUCCAGCGUGCUUAUUAUAUCUUAAGUUUUGGCCUUGCCAGAAGAUGCAGGAAGGAUGUGAACAUGCUUGGUUUUCACAUUCCAAAGGGAUCUAUAAUUGUACCUGAUCUCCGCUCAGUUCUUCUGGAUCCCACGGAGUGGGAGACACCUGAAAAAUUCAACCCCAAUCAUUUUUUGGACAAAGAUGGAAAUUUUGUGGCUAGAGAAGCAUUUCUUCCAUUUGGAGCAGGGGCUCGUGUGUGUUUAGGGGAGCAGAUGGCGAGGAUGGAGAUUUUCCUUUUCUUUACCAACCUGCUGAGGAACUUCAGGUUCCAGCUGCCUAAAGGAGUUAAACAAUUCCGACAAGAUCCUAUAAACGGACUUACAGUCCAUCCCCAUUCUUACAAACUCUGCGCUGUUCCCCGCCACAAUUCAUUGUAAAGAUCAGAAUAAUGAUAGUGGCUUACUUAUUACUGGGAAAUUCUAAGUCUCUAAUCAGUCUUCAAGCAGAUCUGUUAACUGUGUUAAUAUGGCCUAGCUGACUACAACAUCCUUCCAUUCCCUAACUCCAUGCACUUGCUGUGCACAGUCAGGAAUCUUCUAAUUGGUAAUUCCCAGAAUCAUUGCAAAAAAAGAUGG